AACAAAGUCAGUCAAGCAGCCAACACCAGCAAAGCGCACAGCGCGAUCAACAGAAAAGUUGCCAAGGAUUACCUUUUUCAUUUUGUGAAUUAUUACGUAAGGAUACAAAUAACAGUAUUGUGGCCAAAUUGAUCAUUUACGAGUGUUAAGUGUUAUUUAUUUUCAUUUUGAAAACAAAUUAAGGCGAAACAAGCAGAAAGCACAGACGCCUGUAUUAUGAGAUUAACACAUCAUUUGGCUGUUAUAGCCGCCAUACUCUUGGCAGGCUCUUCUCUCAUCAAUGCUGAGGAAUCAGCUUGGGGUGGCAGCUGGGAACCCUCGAAGGAGUCAAUGCUCAGCAGACGCUCCACGGAGUCUGAGAAAUCAGAUGACGCCGCUGUACAGCCCGCAAAUGUACAGGGUCGCAAUUAUGGUGUGCAUGAAGCGAUCUACAGCAACGACACGAAUACCGACAUCAAUGCCAUUAUCGAUCAGAUUAUCAAUUCGCGUCGCGAAGGUCGUAUUUUAGGUGACUACGACCAAGUGUAUGCCGAUGGUAAUAUCGAUCAAGCGCUGCAACAAGGUGACGAUUUGCAAGCGCGCAAUCUUAUACGCGAUAAGCUUUGCGGUCUGGGUUUAAUGAACUGUGAUGUUGAAGAGAAACGUCCUUACUACUCAACAAUAUAUGCACAAGGUCCACCACCAUCUUCAUUUGGCGGCGGUCCAUAUGGACCUGCCAGACCUAUGCCACCACCCGGUCAUUUCAAUAGCCGUCCUCCACCACCACCAUCGUCUUUAAACUCUUUUGGACCACCACGUAAGGUAGGUUACGAAGGCGCUUACAAACCACCUUUCCGCCCUUCGGGUCCUGGCGGUCCCGUAUAUAAUGGUCCGUAUUUGGAAAAUCCACCACCAUCUGCAAUUGGUACCACAGGUCCAAAUACCUUUAACAAACCUCCGCCCGGCGCUAUCAUUUAUGGCAGUAAACCACCAGGUCCAGUGUACAAUGGCAAUUCCGAUUCCCCACCACCGCCAUAUGCCUUUGAGAACCCCAUCGGUGAGAAAAUUCAGAUAUCUGGUUCUUCACCAACAAAUUUCUAUGCCCACCAAUCAUCUUCGGCCUCAUCUGCUUCUUCUUCGUCUUCGAAAGUAGUUGUAGGUAAUUUGAAUGCUAUACCAGGAUCAGCGCCUGCCGGUGGCUUGCAGCAGCAUGUGCACCACCAUUUCCACCAUGUCGAAGGCGGUGAUGCUAGUGCUAAGGUGCCUACAGUGCCCAUACCAAUUGGUGUUGGCCAAUCGAUUAACACCGACUUUUCAGCACUUGCGCAAUCAUCGGCUUCGUUCACACCACAAACACAAGGUGGGUUCACCGAAUCGAAUGCAUUUAAUGCCGGUUACAACGGUGCUUCACAAGGUGGUUUACUCUCCCAAGCGACAGCUAACGGAUUCGGCAACUACGAGAAACCCAACACUGACCUUUACAAACCUGUAGGAGGUUUAGGUAGCUUUGGCAAUGCUGGCGUACAAGGAAUUUACGAUCAAUCUGGUAUAUCUGGUGGUCAAGGUGGUAUUUAUGAGCAAAAUGCUGGCGCUAGUGGUUUCGGACAGAGUGGAUUUGCACAAUCAACCAAUUUCGGACAAUCCAACAACUUCGGUCAGGCCAGCAGCAGCUACCACAGCCAAAAUCCCGAAUAUUAUAAGAAAGAAUUACAAAACUUUGGCGGCAUUGGUACUUCGGGCGGUUUUAACGGCAUCGGCAACAAUUUGGGUGGUCAAUACCAAAGUGGAUAUGAUACGUCACGUCAACAAAUUGUGGAUUGCCAGUGUGUGCCAUUUAAUCAAUGUCCUGCUGCCGAUCGGAUCGGACGUAAAGAAGAUCUGAUUUUGGCUAUCGAUCCUCGUAAUUUAGGUAAAGACAUUGAAGCUUUAGGUGACGAAACUGCAACAAAUGCGACCGUCAGCGCAACCGAGGAUAAAAAGGAAGAAAAGAAAGAUGAAGAGAGUAAACGCAGAAAACGUCAGGCGAAUGCUGAGGAUAAGCAGUCCGAUGAUGGUGUAGCCGAUCUACCACUGGAUGCUGAAGGGGUCAGCAAAACCGAGUUUGGAGAUAAAGUCGUAAAGCCACUAGUUAAUCUUCAUGUCACACCAAAUGCCAACAUUUUUCAAAAAGUCAGUGAAUUGUUUAAGUCAAAGCCUGAAUACAUUCACAACGCACAUUAUCAUCAUCACGAUCAUUAUAGUAAUUUUGAGCAUGAUCAUCACUCACAUCCGCAUGAUGUUACCGCGCCUGGCCCCAUAUAUGGCGCCCCUCUGCAUAGUACCACUAUCCUCGAUGUGGUGCCAAGCAAACCGAUUUACGAGCAUCACAGCACUGUAACUGCGCCGGCAAGCACUAUAUUUAAUACCGGGUUCCUCCCCCAACAGCAACAUUUUGCUACGCAGCAUACAUCUUUUGGCACAACAUCCAUAGCGAACUUAUAUCAUGGUCCUUCUGGCAUAGCUGGAGAUACGUCUUAUCCAACCAACGAACAUUUCGGAGGUUCGAUUUCGAGCGGUUUCGGUGCUAAUGGCCACGGCUCCGUUCAUUUUGGCGGUUCAAUUCCAAGUGGGCCCGACGCUAGUAACCACGGCUCCGCUCAUUUUGGCGGACCGCCUCCCAGUGGAUUUGGUGUAAGCGGUCAUGGUGUGAAUUAUUAUGGGGGCGCCUCUUCGCAGCCUGGUUACUCAAUCGGCUUUGGCUCAAGCGGUCACGGUGGUGAGAUUUUCGCUGGUGAGCAUUACAACGAAUACGAAGAACGUAGUUCCAAUCGCAGCGUGGCAUUUAGGGGGCCAGUUCAGCACAGUAGUAAGCAACAUCACUUGAAUGCAUUGAAAAAUCGAAGAGGUAAAAGCCUGCUAUAUAAUCAAAGCUUACGACCAAUACCCACACAAGCGCCUGGUGCGGCUGAAGGGAGUGACUAUGUGACAUUUCCACGCAAUCGACGACGUCGCGAUGUGGUUGAACAUGAGGAAGCUGCGGAACGUAGAGAAAGUGUAUUGGCACGAACGGUAAAUACAGAACAGCGCGCUUAUUAUGGCAAUCGUCCAGUUGAGAAGACUUGCCGCGUCAACGAAGUCUGCUGCCGCCGUCCAUUACGUCCAGCGCCACAACAACAACUGGGCCGUUGUGGCACACGCAAUGCUGCUGGCAUCACUGGCCGCAUCAAGAACCCAUCAUACAUCGAUGGCGACAGUGAGUUCGGCGAAUAUCCAUGGCACGUGGCCAUCUUAAAGAAGGACCCUAAGGAAUCGAUUUAUGCUUGCGGCGGCACACUGAUCGAUGCACAACACGUAAUCACUGCAGCUCAUUGCAUCAAAUCGCAAAAUGGUUUCGACUUGCGUGCUCGUCUAGGUGAAUGGGAUGUUAACCAUGAUGUCGAAUUCUUUCCAUACAUCGAACGUGAUGUGGUCUCAGUACAUAUUCAUCCCGAAUACUACGCUGGUACUUUGGACAAUGAUUUGGCCAUACUGAAACUAGAUCAUCCCGUGGACUUCACUAAAAACCCACAUAUCAGUCCAGCUUGUUUACCUGACAAAUUUUCCGACUUCACCGGCUCUCGUUGCUGGACCACUGGGUGGGGUAAAGAUGCUUUCGGCGAUCACGGCAAAUACCAGAAUAUCCUGAAGGAGGUCGAUGUUCCAAUCUUGUCUCAUCACCAAUGCGAAUCGCAAUUGCGUCAAACACGUCUCGGCUACAGUUACAAACUCAAUCCCGGUUUCGUUUGCGCUGGUGGCGAAGAGGGCAAGGAUGCAUGCAAAGGUGACGGUGGCGGUCCAUUGGUAUGCGAACGUAACGGCAUCUGGAAUGUGGUCGGUGUUGUGUCCUGGGGCAUCGGUUGCGGUCAAGCCAAUGUGCCUGGUGUGUAUGUGCGCGUUUCGCACUACUUGGACUGGAUUCGCCAAAUUACGCAAUACUAUAAAUGAGUAGUGGAACCAGCGGCGACGACGCCUGUGCGGGCAACCGCAACAGCCUAUCACAGCUGUCAGUCACAAUACCGAGAUGUGUUCCACUUUCACUUUCGAUAAGCCAUUAUUUUGAGUAAUACGACGAGUAUAAGUACAUAUAUGAUAAUGAAGUUAUUUAUUUUUGUUAGUGUUGUAAGUGUAGGCACAUAAGUAUUUAAGUGCUCUCCAGUGCGACUGCUUGUUUUUGUCAAUUAUUGUUUUUGUUUUUCUUUAUGUGUAAAUAUUUAUUGCCUUCUACUACUUUUGUUAAAUUAUUUGAUUGUUCGCCUUAGUCUUUUGCGCGAAAUAAGAUUGCUGCGUCCACUUUUUAACAUGUUUAAAUUAUUAUAAUGAACUACUUUUACGACACACGAUUGUCAACUUUUAUAAAACUUUAAUAAAACAAAAUAUUUAUAAU